CAGUAGGGAGUAGGGUAGAAAUCAUCAAUCUUGUGAAUGAAGCAUUAGAAAAAGUUCCAAAUGAGCGAGUGUCGUUCGUUUAAUGUUUCUUUAAAAAUAUACUCUAUACGCCCUUUGUUAAUGUUUUCCUCUUCUUUUUACACCCGGGAAAAAGACAAGGAACUGAUUGUCUUCUCCACCACACCAGAUCUAGAAAAUUUGGAGAUCCAUUUGUGCGGCAAGAGAUUCACCUUGGGUCUAGUUUGCUCAGUAGAGAAAGAGAGAGAUCCGUCGAUUUGGUGUGGCAGAGUUCCGUCGCUUGGGAUUUGUUUGGUGCGGCCAUCGAUCAGUAGCUGCGGCAGCCCUAGACCAGUUGUUGUGAAGGAUUUGGCUUCAGGGCGCCGCCGGAGAAGAUCCCCACGACGGCGGGUGGAGAGACUUCAACCUCCUCCUCGAGUGAGCCUCGGCAGCCUGAUUCGCCCCGGGUACGACGGGACAACCCUCAUCCACAAAUCCGACGUGUCUUUCUACGCGUACCAAAUCCUCAUGGGACUUUCCCACGUCCACGAAAAAGGGUUCGUCCACAACGACCUGAAGCCGGAAAACAUUCUUGCUUUUCCGGCGGCGGACGGCGGGAGACUGUUCCGCCUCAAACUCGCCGACUUCGGGGUUUCCACAUUGGCCGGAAAGAAGGACGUAACGUACUACGACGACGAUGAAGAAGAAGAGGAGGACGACGACGACGAAGAAGAACCGUUUUGCCCGCAUCACUGCCGGGGGAGCUUGUUUUACGCGUCGCCGGAGUAUCUGGCCACCGGAAAACACAACACCGGCGACGACAUAUGGGCAUUGGGUUGCAUAGUACUGGAGAUGCUCACCGGAGAGCCGGCGUGGCUGUGCAAGGACUCCAACGACCUGAUAGACCAGAUUCUGUACGAGAAGCCGGAAAUCCCGGAGGAAGUUCCGGCGACGGCGAGGGAUUUCCUGAGCAAGUGUUUCUUGAAAAGAGAGCCGUGGGGAGAGGAGAGGUGGACGGCGCGGAAGCUGCUCAAGCACCCGUUCGUCCGGGAUAACAAAGAUGUUGCGGCGUGUUUGGCUCCGAUGGAAUUGGGUUUUGAAGAUGGGAAGAGGAACCCUUUGUUGGGCUGUGAGGAAGAAGAAGAUGAUGAUGAACAGUGGGUUUCUACAGAGGAUUUGUUUCUCCCCUUUCGAUCUUAUUAGUUGUCAAUGAUGAUGAAGUGUAAUUGCUGGUCGAUAUACUGUAAAUUCUGAAUGAAAAGAAGGAUGAAAAGAACCCUAUAAAUUAGGGUUACGGAU